AAACCGCUCACUUCCCUGACAGCAUCGCAGCAAAAUCUCCUCUGUACCAGCUAAAAUUUGGUUUCGACAGAAGAUUCGAGAGCCUUACGCUCUUACGGCCGCACGCCCAAGUGCACGUUUCCUUGAUCCCUUGCUAACAUUCAGGCAUUCAGCAUGAAGCCAUGAACUUCGGAGCAUAUAACCAGAUAUACACAGGCCUCUGUUCUCUCUCUUUCUGAAUUCUGUCAGUUGCUCACGCACACCUGACGGCGCCUGAGUCCCGACGGCCACCAUAUCCUCGUACGUCCUCCUCGAGAGAUAUAUAGCAGCGAUCGAUCGAUCUUCUCUUCUCGUCUUGAUCAUCAAGUAGAGUGCAUGGAUCGUCGGCGGCGGGGGCAGCCGGAGCGCAAGGCGGCGGCGGCGACGACGAAGAAGCGCGGGAGGGACGAGGAGGUGGCGGCGGCGGCGCCGCCGCCGCCGUGUGGCGCGGUGGAUUUCCCGUUCGAGGAGGGGGACGAGGAGGCGGCGGCGGCUGACGUCGUCGGGGAUCAGGCACCGGGGGUGUUCCGGUUCCCGUGGCAGAGCUGCCGCGGCGGGCUCGGGGUGGUCGCCGGCGGCGGCGGCGGAGGAGGAGGGUGGGAGAUGCGGGACGUGUUCUUCCGCUCCCUCGUGGACGGCGGCGCGGCGGCCAUCGGGGUGCCGGGCGACCGCCUCGUCUCCCCGCCGCCGCCGGCCGAGCUGCGGCGCGCGCUCUUCGACGACGUGGGCGCGUGGCUCGCCGCCGCCGGCGACGGCGAGGUGGACCCCGUCUGGCGCUCGGCGCUGCUGAUCGAGGGCGAGCCUCCCGCGCCGGCGACCGUGUGACGACGACGACGUGGACGGAGGUGGGCCCCACCUGGCAUACACUGAGUAGCAGCGUGAUGGUGACGUGGCGUCUGGGCGCCGCCACGUGGGGACUCGAGUGCUGACGAUUACGAUGGAGGAUAUCUACAAAGCGAACGUCACUCUGGUCUCUCUUGACAGAGUUACUUCCCCUUAAAAAAAAGAGUAAAAUACAUGAUGGGUCAUUAAACU